AUGGGAAUGUUACUUGCUUUGGCUGAAAGAAAAUAUUGUUCUUCUUCGAUUUGGCGAGACUUGUUGCGAGGAGUUGUCCAUGCAAAAGCAUUCCACAAGAAGGAAGAGACCUUACGGAAACUCAAGGAGAAAGUUGCCUUCAGAAAUCCAGAUGAAUUCUACUUUCAGAUGAUAAAAACAAGAAUUGUGGAUGGAGUUCAUAAACCAGAGAAUCAAGUUAACAAAUACACUCAAGAAGAACCCAUGCUAAUGAAGACCCAAGACAUAGGAUAUAUAUUGCAGAAGUUGCAAAGUGAAAGAAAGAAAGUUGAGAAGCGAACUGCAGUGUUGCAUUCCGUUGAUAAUCGUCCCUCUAACAGACACAUUUACUAUGCUGAGGACAUGGAAGAAGCUAGAGAAUUACUAUCACAAGCUUCUGAAACCAUUGUUACUCCCCUUUCUGGUGAUAUCCCUUAUCAUAUUAAAAGAAAGACAACUGCUUCGUUCAGGGAAUUAGAGGCUAGGAAGAGUAGAGUGAAUCAGUUGGAUAAACUAUACAUGGAAAUGUCCCUGAAGAAGGAAUUACAUGUAUGAGAAAUAUUUUAGUGUUAAUUGCAUUAGAAAUCCUCGGGACUAUAGUCCAGAUUCUGAAUGAGUCCUAACUUUAUAACGUUUUAACUGAGUUCUCAAAGUAUCAGUAUCGCACUAAGCAGAUCUAUCUUUUAGUUCGAUUAUUGGCUUAUGUGUUAAAUGAUAGUUUUGAUUUGAUGUUGAGUAUGUUUAUAAUAUGUGGAUCAAAUUUCAAACAUGUGUACGUAUUGUAUUGAUAGCUUUGGUCUGAUGUAUUAUUCACCAGUUCAGAUUUUUG